AUGGCAGCUGAUCCAACCUUUGCUUUACGAAACAAAUAUCUGGAAAACGUUGAAGACGAUUUCCUUUAUCAUUUCGGAUUCGGAAUCAAGACAGUCGAUAUUCCAGCUGUUUUCGGAGAUACUAAGUUCGUUUGUACUGGUGGCUCUCCAUCCCGCUUCAAGCUUUAUGCUGAUUGGUUCGCCAAAGAAUGUGGAAUUGAGUGUUCCGAGAAUUUGUCUCGUUCCGAUCGUUUCUGCAUUUACAAGACAGGACCCGUCUGCUGGAUAAAUCAUGGAAUGGGAACUCCAUCUUUGAGUAUUAUGCUCGUUGAAUCACUCAAAUUAAUGCAUCACGCUAAGGCUCAGGAUGUCAAAUUUAUUCGUCUUGGAACGUCUGGAGGAGUUGGAGUUGAGCCAGGAACUGUGGUUGUCACUUCUGCUGCUAUGAAUGGAGAAUUGGAAGAUGGCUUCGUACAAUGGGUUGCCGGCAAAAGAGUUGUACGUGAUACUCACCUUGAUCCUCAAUUAUGCUCUGAUCUGUUGGACUUGGCUAAAGACUUAGAUAUCCCAGCCACCACUGGAAAGACCUUAUGUACCGAUGACUUCUAUGAGGGACAAAUGAGACUUGAUGGCUUCUUCUGUGAAUACAAUUCUGAAGAUAAAUUUGACUUCCUGAAGACAAUUUAUGAGAAAGGAGUUCGUAAUAUUGAAAUGGAAAGCACAUGCUUUUCGUCGUUAACAUUCCGCGCCGGAGUCAAGGCUUCAAUAGUAUGUGUAGCAUUGUUGAACCGUAUGAAUGGAGAUCAAGUAAAGAUAGAGCAUGAGCAAUAUGUUGAAUAUGAGCAGAGACCUUACAAGCUUGUGGCUGCCUUGAUUCGUAAACAAGUUGGCCUUUAA